AUGAAAAAGAAAGAUAAACAUGAAGAAAUACAUGCUCCGUUGCAAAAUAAUAAAAAAAGACAAGAAGAAAAAUAUACACCACAUUGCAAAACUCUAAUGUCAGUUGAUAGUUCAUUUGGAAAGCUUCCUGAUCAUCUCCUAAUAGAAAUUUUCAUUCGAGUUCCUGUCUCGGAGUGGGCACAAAUAUCCUGUGUCAAAAAACAGUGGGCCAAUCUGUUUCGUGGAGAAUGCUUGUGGCAAGCUGCUCUUGCUACAACAUAUCCUUUGGCUAACCAAGCUAAAAGGUGGCCUGGACCUAUCCCUCGAGGGUUGAGCAAGAGGAGAUUUGCAGCUUUAUAUGUCAGUAAACAUAUCUUUUCUCUGGAUGGUGAGAUUGAUGAGAUUGUGGGCCAUACAUAUUUAUUUCUAAAAGAGCAGCUUGAGCUUUCAACUAUGCCACCCUCUUCUAGCAUACUGCAUGGAACCAUAAUAGAUCAGUUUAUUGCUUGUGGUAAAUCGAGAGACAUGGCUCAUGAUCUUGCUUCCCAGAUCUGGCUGGCUGUUCUUGACAAUUUAGAGGAAAAUGAGCACACUUUUCAAAUACUUAAACGCCUCGCACAAGAGGGGGAUUGUUUUGUUUUAGUGGUGGAGAAUAUGGAUGAUACUGUAGGAGAAAUUACCUGUCAUCCGCUGCUAAUUCAUUCACAUUCAGCAGAUUACUAUGAUGUGUUGGCUUGCGCAAAGACCAAAUUUCAGCCAAUACCAUCCAUUUGGUUAGGUUACUGA